GGGCAUCUCUUUGUCCUAUUUAAAUCUGCAUGACGCUUGAUUGUUUGACUUGUCUCUUGUUUUUAAGUUUUAAUUGCACAGACACAGAGACAAGAUAUACAUGUGCGAAGGAAGCAUAAUUGAGAACCCACAGAUUCAGAGCUUUAACCGUAACUACUCAGAGUAGCAGAAAAUGCUGCGGGCUGGAUUCAGAAAGUGUUUCAUCUUAAGAGUUUUAGUUGCUCCAACCUCUCACAGACAGUUUUCUGCUCACCCAGGAAGCAAACUAGAGGGGAAGGUAGCUUUGAUCACAGGCGCAGCAAGUGGCAUAGGAAAAGAGACAGCAACCAAGUUCAUCAACGAUGGUGCCAAAGUAGUGCUGGCCGAUAUCCAGAAAGAUCAAGGCCAACAAACGGCUCGAGAACUUGGCCCUAAUGCUGCGUUUAUCCCGUGUGAUGUCACCAGGGAAUCCGACGUCUCACAGGCAGUGGACUUCACAGUCUCCAAACACGGCCAACUUGACAUCAUGUACAACAAUGCUGGCAUUGCUUGCCACACACCGCCUAGCGUAGUCGACCUCGACUUGGCUACAUUCGACCGAGUCAUGGCGAUCAAUGUCCGGGGAGUCCUGGCCGGGCUCAAGCACGCGGCCCGUGUCAUGAUCCCGAGGCAGAGUGGGGUUAUCCUUUGCACCGCAAGUGUCACAGGCCUAAUGGGAGGGCUAGCACAGCAUACUUAUUCCAUAUCAAAGAGCAGUGUGAUUGGGAUUGUGAAGUCAGCCGCAUCAGAGCUGUGCAGUCAUGGGAUUAGGAUCAACUGCAUAUCCCCUAUGGCUAUUCCAACUCCCUUUGUGAUGGAAGAACUGAAGAAGUACUAUCCCGGGGUUGAUGCACAGAAGCUGGUGAAGAUGGUACACGAUUUCAGUGUGCUGCGGGGAGCUUUUUGUGAACCGAGCGACAUAGCAAAUGCUGCUUUGUUUCUUGCAUCUGAUGAUGCCAAGUUUGUUAGUGGGCAUAAUCUGGUAGUCGACGGUGGUUUCACAUCAAUCAAGAGUUUAAGUCUCCCCACAGGUGAUCAACUCUGAUGAAGUUUGCCAGCUUCCUUUUGUUUUUUUCUUUCUUGUCCAUUUUUAUUGGCGAGAGUUUAGAGCUAUUUGGUCGGUUUUAGGAAAAUUACAGAGAGUACCAAAUAACGUAAGAAGAGACUGAUGAGAUCACCGGUGGGCUAUGGUAAAGAUUGAUUGAGACAGCCGCAGAGUAGGUCAUAUGUAGUAAAAGGAUGAACAAGAUCUGUUUGGUCGGGGGGAAAAGGAAAAGAGAUAUCAGAAUAUGUUGCAAAAGAGGCACAGUUUCUGAACUCUUGGAGAACAGUAUUGCUGCUAUAAACCAUAUAUGUUUGUGACUAAUGCAAAUUGAGUAGACUUCUAAAGAA